GGCCAGCAGUGGACAGAGAGCUGUUGGGGCCUCUGCAGAGGUGGCUGUGGGCCUCUUUCAGGCAGGCAGACAGGCCCGGGGCCCUGCCCACUCACCCGCCACUGUCCAUGGAUUUUGUUGCUGGCGCCAUCGGAGGUAUCUGCGGUGUUGCUGUGGGCUACCCCCUGGACACAGUGAAGGUCAGGGUGCAGAUGGAGUCCAAGUACAGGGGCAUCUGGCACUGCGUACGAGACACGUACCGCCGAGAGCGGGUGACCGGCUUCUACAGGGGGCUCUCACUGCCCGUGUGCACCGUGUCCCUGGUCUCCUCCGUGUCUUUCGGCACCUACCGCCACUGCCUGGCACACAUCUGCCGGCUCCGGUACGGCAGCACCGACGCCAAGCCCGCCAAGGCCGACAUCACCCUCUCAGGAUGCGCCUCGGGCCUCGUCCGCGUGUUCCUGACCUCGCCCACUGAGGUGGCCAAGGUCCGCCUGCAGACCCAGACACAGCAGCGGCGGCUUUCAGCCUCGGGUCCCUCAACUGUGCCUCCCAUGUGUCCUGUGGCCCCUGCCCCGGAGCCCAAGUACCGUGGGCCGCUGCACUGCCUGACCACGGUGGCCCGUGAGGAGGGCCUCAAGGGUCUGUAUAAGGGCAGCUCGGCCCUGCUUCUUCGGGACGGCCACUCCUUCGCCACCUACUUCCUGUCCUAUGCCAUCCUCUGUGAGUGGCUCACACCCACUGGCCACAGCCAGCCAGAUGUCGUGGGAGUGCUGGUGGCCGGUGGCUGUGCAGGGGUCCUGGCCUGGGCCGUGGCCACCCCCAUGGACGUGAUCAAGUCGCGCCUGCAGGCGGACGGGCAGGGCCAGCAGCGGUACCGAGGCUUGGUGCACUGCGUGGUGGCCAGUGUGCGGGAGUCGGGGCCCAGCGUUCUCUUCAAGGGGCUUGCUCUCAACUGCUGCCGGGCCUUCCCGGUCAACAUGGUGGUCUUCGCCACCUACGAGGCUGUGUUGAGGCUCACCCGGGGCCUGCUCUCGUAGCUGGGCCCCAGCGAGAGUGCCCUGCGGGGACCAGGCUAGAGCCCAGCUGCUGUCCCCUGGGGCAGGUUUCAGCCAGGGUCUCUGCCUCCCUCAGCCGGCUGCAUCCUGGUCCUGGCUUGUCCUGCCUCCAGCCCUCACCCACUCACUGCCCUGGCCCCAUUUGUAUUUAUUGUGCUGCUGGUCCAGGGGUGGCCUCUCAGACGUUGGGGUGACCAGCAGCCUAUGGCUCUGGGGGCCUCCCAACCUGGGGGCAGCUCGAAGGCUGUGGGACUAGGGGUUAAUAAAGCAUUUCUGAGGCUCUGAA